AUGCCAUCAAAAGUUCCAGCAGCUCCAAUAAUUACAAUAAGUAGUCCUUUGGAGCAGCAAAACAUCUCAACGACAAAAGAAGCAAAAGAACGAGGCAGAACUGAUAUUAAGAUUAAGCCUGCUAAUCAACAAAGCGACAAAAAUGAUGGGAAAAUUCAAAAAGAGACGCCUAAGGACAAUAAGCGAGCAAAAGGAGAGCAUGUCUCCACAAGUGAAAAGAAGAAAAGAAGGAGUUUUACCGCUUACAUAGAAAAGCUGAUAAAUGAAGGGUGUCCAAACGCUGAAAUAGAGAAGCUGAAAAAUGCAGAGAAGAAGAGGAGGGAAGAAGUAUGGAAGGCAAAGAAGGAAGAAAAGAAUAAGAAACGAAGAAAUUAA